CUGUGCGCGGCUGUGGGCGGGACGAUAAACCGGAGCGGUGGGAGCCGGGAGCGGCCAUGACGGCGCACAGCUUCGCGCUGCCCCUCGUCCUGUUCUCGGCCUUCUGGGGCCUGGUGGGCAUCGCCGGGCCCUGGUUCGUGCCCAAGGGGCCCAACCGCGGGGUGAUCAUCACGAUGCUGGUCACCACGGCCGUGUGCUGUUACCUCUUUUGGCUGAUUGCAAUUCUGGCUCAGCUCAACCCCCUUUUUGGGCCGCAGCUGAAGAACGAGACCAUCUGGUACGUGCGCUUCCUCUGGGAGUGACCCCCGACGGCAGCCAUAGAGACCCGCCAUCAUCCUUCCCUCCCAUACCAGGCAGCUCCCAGAGGUGCUGGGUCAGGAGCUGGAGCCACUGCCCCAAUGCAUUUCAGGCACUGCAGCCCAGCACUGGCUGGGCCCCUGCUGUUGGCAAGUAGCAUCCCUGCUGCAGCGUGGGCCCCGUGGCACCCUGCGUGUGACCAGUCCCUGCUCGGCUGUGGGCUUUCCUUUUUCUAGGCUCUCGCUGUGGCUGGAAGAAGGAAAGGCUGAGCCUGUUGGAGGAGGCAGACUGCCAUGGAUGUGAGGGAGGUGCUGGGGGCUUGUGCAGGGGCUCGUGGUCAGCACUGUGCUCAGACUGGGGCUGUGUCAUCUCCCACCUCUGCAGUGAGGGUGCUGCAGUAGUAUGUAGGUACCACCAUCCCUCUCAUGUCUACAUUCCAAUAAUGAAAUACUGAGUUGUCUUAGGUCGGUCCCUUAUUUAUCAGAUAAUUUAUUGGCAUUAUUUAUUUAUUUGUAUUUGACUGUGUUUGCUGAACUUGUGUUGUGGAAAUAAAUAUUUUUUUUCUAGUAAGUGAUGCUGGCAGCAGAGUCACUUGCUGCUUGGAAACUGAGGAA